UAUUGACAAUACAGCAAACAGCACACGAAUCUUAAAAAAACAAUGAGGAAGAAGUCGCUCCUGCGCCUCAAACCAUGCACUUGCUCAAGGAUUUAGUUCAACAAUCUAAUCAUUUCAGUACAAAAACAUUUUAAAUGUCGCUUUUAAAGGUGUGUUAUGGAGGAAAUUCUGCAGCAUGCAACAUACUCUUUAUGCCAGUAACAGCGCCAGACGUGGACUGUCACUUGUGCGUAAAAUGCGCUUUUAUAAAAACUAACACAUCAGAUGAUUUUUGUGCAACAUCGGGGCUGUUGCGCCGCCGUGAGAGGACGUUUCGUAAUGGUAUAAAACUGAAAGGAAGGAAGGAUUUUUUCUAAGCUCCGUCUGCAGAAGCCUGGCUGUCGUUCUCCUGGUUUUGGAGUAAGAAUAGUUUUUGGUUUUUGGAGUAAUGUUUUGUCUGAACGGUUUUUGACUCAUGAUCCUGAGUAACUGGGAAGCCGCUCGACUUUGUUCGCCCUGCCACAGAGAACUGGGACCGGAGCUGAGGUGGUGGUGGCGGGGGUGGCGGCUGAGGGAGGGGGGGCUGCUUUUGCUUUUUCUUUGGCUUUUUUGAGAAACCCUCGUCUGCGGUCCGUUUAAUUCAAGAGCAACAGAGGGAUUAAAGACUCCUGCUCGUAGCGCCUUUUUUUGUGUGUGCAUUUUGUGUGUGGACUGGACUACAUUGUGAGCAGAGGAACGGGUUGUGGUAAGAAAGAAAGCUAUAAAUAGCCCGUGCAAUUCUCGAAAACUAUCACAAGUGGUGCAUCAGCUUGUGGAGCAGACGGAAUCUGAUAUCUUGCAUGUAAUGCCUCUGCUCUAAGUUAUUGUUUUGCGCAGCAGCCAACGCGUAAUAUCUCAAUUUGUGGAGAAGUUUUGAGUCUAAAAUUCCACACAUCUUUUUUUUUUUUGUUUGUUUGUUUGAGGCUGUUCCUCACCGCGGAAGAAAGGAGUCGUUCCCCCAUGGAUUAUGCUUAUUUAAUCACGAAACUAUCAGCGGAAAGAGAUAUGGAAACGGGCUGAUCUUCCCCUGUGUGGACUGAAAUGGAUCCAUUUCUCUGCUCUUUGACAAUGAUCAGCUUUGGAAUCGCCUGACCUGGAUUGCAACAAUGUUUUGAUUCGCCCCCUCCACUACCGCACGCUGUGGAUUUAUUUUAACGUUACAACAUUGCAGAGCUGCCUUUAUGUGGGGCUUUAUGGAUGAAUUCUGCACUUAUUUCUGAAUACGCCCAUUCCGUUCCCCGAUCAUCCCGUGUCUAUUACCCUAUGUACCUCUUGUUUAUGAGGUUAGAAUCCUGCUUGUUUCUGGUAGACUCCUUCAAAAAACGCAAAGGGAAAAAACGAUUUGUCAGCCCUGCUCAGUGUUGAUAUAUACCGAUGUAGGAUUUCGACAUGCCCAGCGCUGACGACCCCAACGGCGGACGAUUAUGACUACAACAGCGAAUUGGGUGGCGAACGGGGCAAGCCUUGAGGACUGCCACUCCAACAUCUUCUCUCUGGCGGAGUUAACUGGCAUUAAAUGGCGUUGCUACAACUUCCGCAGUGGGGGGGAGUACGGGCCGGUGAUCUCGGCUCCAGCCCAGGACGACCCAGUUCUGCGCAGUUUCAUGCGCUGCAUUCAGGCCAACCUGCUGUGCGUAUGGCGACGCAAAAUCAAGCCCGAUGCCAAGGAGCUGUGGAUCUUCUGGUGGGGUGAUGAGCCCAACCUCACUGAUGUCAUUCAUCAUGAGCUGGAAGUGGCUGAGGAGGGACUCUGGGAGUGUGGGCUGUCCUACGAGUGCAGGACCCUCCUGUUCAAGGCCAUCCACAACCUGCUGGAAAGAUGUUUGAUGGAUAAGGGCUUUGUAAGGAUUGGGAAGUGGUUCUUCAAGCCUCAUGAGUUGGAAGAAAAGCCUUUGGGCAACAGCGAACACCUAUCCUGUUCCUUCUCCUUUUUCCUCCACGGAGAGAGCAACGUGUGCACAAGUGUAGAGAUCGCCCAGCACCAGCCUGCAUAUCACAUCAAGGAGCACCACAUACGCCUUGCGCAGACCUCCAUCACACCAGUGCAAGUGGUCUUGAGUCCAUACGGCCUGAGUGGUACUCUAACAGGUCAGGCCUACAAGAUGAGCGACCCUGCAGCACGGAAGCUGAUGGAGGAAUGGAGCUACUUCUACCCCAUGGUACUUCAGCAGAAAGAGGGAGGCGGGGAGAAGGAGAAAGACACUGGCCAAGCUUAUGAUCGCAACUGUCAUGUGGCAGUGGAGGUUAUUGUAGGUGGAGUGAGGAUGACCUACCCAGCAGCCUUUGUGCUCAUUGCCCAGGGGGACCUACCAGUGGAGCCGCUCCCACCUGUCCCUGCAGCCCAGGGUCUCCUCAGAGAGCCCAACCACUGCAGCGUCCCCCUCACACCCCCGACGUCACCAGAACAACCCUGCUCAGCGGACAGUGGCUUUGUGACGUCAGCCUCCAGUGUCCCCACACCAGACAGCAGCAUGGGAAUCACAAACAUCAGCCCAAAGCAUUCUGGGAAGAAAAUAACUUGUCAGGUGGUCCAUCAGGCCUGGAGGGAGUGCUACGUUAAUCAGCCUCAGCACGUACGGACUCAGCCCACUGAUGUAAUGCCUAAGAAAGAGGUGCCAAAUGGAGUAACCACAUGGGACUUCAAUGAUCUAGGGGCCAGAGCGCCCUGCAGCUGCUCCAGGUUGAAACAGCAGAAGCUGAAUCUGACCAGCACAUCCACUGCCAACUCCCAGACCAGUGCCAACUCCACUCAGUCAUCAGGCCCAUCCUCAUACCCUCCCUCUACACCCAAACACAAGACCAGUGACAAGACAGAAAAGGCUGAUAAACAGUCCAAGAGAUCAGCCAUGAUCCCGUUUCACCACCGUGUGUCUGUCACGCAGGAGGCCCCUCUGGAGCAGGACUCAGCAGGAGGCCCUCAGCUUGGGGGACUCGUGGCUUUGGAGCCACCCUUAGAGUCUCUGGCCACUUUGCCAAAUUGCAAGUAUCCCAAGCCCCUCUCCAAUAGCAGGAAAGCCCCUGAAUCCCUUCUCCCUUCUCCUGUGUCUCCUCUUCCACCCACACUCAGCCCACACCCCAGGGUGCAGGACCCAGAGGUCCUGGACGGGCCUGUGGAUAUGUCUGUCUGUCCAGAUGGGACUACAGGGCUGGGGAUGAUGACCAGUGAGACAGCCGUGUAUACUGCUUUACUGAGGCAGAGGGAGAAUGGAGCCGGCUGGUGGAGAGGAUUCAGGACCCCCAGGACUGAUAAGACUGAAUUCAAACCCCAAGAACUCCCCAUUGAUAACUUAGAGGAAGUGAGGACAGAGACGGCCACUGAGACAGCUCCACUAAAGAGACUAUACGCUCAAACACACAAGAGUUUUAAAAUCUCAGAGGAGAGACUUCAAGAACAUGUCCAGACACUGGGAUUGUUCCAGCAGCCAAGUGUAGAGGCACUGCGGGAGCCCGGCGAUGAUCCCUACGACUUUAAAGAAGGCGACAUCGAGUACACGUUUUCCACAUCCAAGAGAGUAAAAGGCCAAGGACGAGAACCCAGCAAGAGGACCAAGGUGGAGCAAAAUGAAGAAAUAACCAGCAAUGGCACACUGCCCGAUGGCAAAGAUGCCAUGUCCAUUUUCAACUCUGCGCCAAAAUCAGAAGAGUCAGGGCAGGAUGAAUCAGCUACCAAAGUUAACCCUUCCCUGACCAGAGAAAAAGACCUGGUGGUCAACAUCUCCGACUUAGACAACAUAUUUGAUGAGGAUGAAGAAGAACUCGGGACUGUUUACCCCAACCAGCACUCCACAAAGCUUGCAGGAUUGGCAGAAGAUCGCCCUCCAGGGAAAGAAGGGAGAGUUGCAGUACCUUAUCCAUCAACAGUAGCAGACCUCCAGCGGAUGUUCCCUACCCCACCUUCUCUAGAGCAGCACCCAGCUUUUUCUCCCAUCAUGACAUACCGUGACACCCCCAGCCAGGAGCCUCCUGCCCCGAGUGGAGCAGCAGACCACCUGCCCCUGAUGCCCUCCAUGCAGAUUACUGAGUACAGGAUGGAGAUAGAGGAGGGCAUGGCCAGUCCCAGACAGGAGGACGUCAAGCCUCUGAUAGGCUCCUCCAUGUUCGCCCCACUCUCCUGCCUCCCCAGUCAUGCUCUACCAGCACUCAAACUUCCAGAACAGUGCCACUACCGUCCAUCCUGGGCCCUCCUACCCAAAAUGGAACAUUUCUCCACAGUCAUGCACCCCCAAACAACCACUUUCCUCAGAGACGGAUACACAAACAUCCCAAGUGUCAACACCCUCCCAGACCAGGAUUAUGGCCAGUUGAGUGCCACUACUGCCUCUGUGAGCACCACCCUUGGCAUCCUGCCAUCUCCUGCCACCCCUCGUUUCUCUGUACCCACUCCACGAACCCCUCGGACACCCAGGGGAAUCAACGCAGCAAGUUCUGGGCAAGGUUCAGUGAAGCAGGAUGGAACUGAGCUGAGCUCGCCUGUUUCAACAUCCUCCACCAGCCUGCCUCUCAGUUCAGUAGAACCCCUAGCCCGGCCUGGGCCCACACUGCCCGAGGCCCACAGCCUGUACUCAGUCCUCCUGCUCUCAGACUCCGUCCUGAAUGUCUUCAAGGAUCGGAACUUUGACAGCUGUUGCAUCUGUGCCUGUAAUAUGAAUGUCAAAGGAGCAGAUGUGGGGGUGUACAUCCCUGAUUCUACCUGUGAGGAUCAGUACCGCUGUAUGUGCGGCUUCAGUGCCAUUGUGAACAGGCGGUUGGCUCACGGCACAGGCCUUUUCCUGGAGGAUGAGCUGGAUAUUUAUGGUCGGACCUCUGAGGUGGGUCGAGCGGCUGAGAGGAGGCUGGCUCUUUGUAGACGGGACCCGUCAAUGGGAGACCCUAGAGCCAAGCGACCACAGGAUGCAGCCCCAGCAUCUCAGUCAGUCAUGAUUCUUCUCCAGGAGCAGUGCUCUCAGCCCAUUACUUCACUGGCCUCACUGCAUCGGCCCCUCAGCUGUUCCUGCCAUGGCCGCAAGGGGGCGCUACUCCAGAGUUGGAUGUCUGAAAAACAGUGGGCAGAUGGCAGCGAUGCCUGUGUGGAGUGUUACAAUGCUCUGGAGCAGGGGCUGCAGUAUGUGGAUAAUCCAGCAGGGGGGAAAGUCGAUCAGGCUGUUGUUAGGAGUACAGCACUUCACCCUUGGCCCCACACUAAUGUGGUGGACAUGUGCAUGCUGUCGUCCCAGGAUAUGGUCCGAAUGUUGCUCUCCUUACAGCCGUUCCUGCAGGAUGCAAUCCAAAAGAAGAGAACAGGACGGACCUGGGAAAACAUCCAACAUGUUCAAGGUCCACUUACCUGGCAGCAGUUCCAUAAGAUGGCCGGGAGAGGCUCCUAUGGUUCGGAGGAGUCACCAGAGCCAUUACCUAUUCCGACACUGUUACUGGGCUACGACAGAGAGCGGGACUUCCUGGCCUUGUCUCCACUGGCUUUACCAUUUUGGGAGAAGUUGCUACUGGAACCUUAUGGGGGACAGAGGGAUGUGGCCUAUGUGGUGCUGUGCCCUAACAGUUCCUCUCUGCUGUGUGCAGCCCGAGCCUUCUUCCAGGAACUCAGUGCUGUUUAUGAGACAUGCCGACUGGGGAAGCACCGUCCUCUGGCCAAGGUGUCCCGGGAUGGAAUUGUGCGAGUGGGGGAGGAAGUGGAGGCCGAGCGAGUGGAAGAACUCGAUGUGGACCAGUGGCUGACCGGACCCUGGACCGGACAGCAACACACGGACAACCUCAGCAAACUGAAACUCUACGCCUAUGCCUGCAAGCAGCAGCUAGGUCCACAACUCUCAGUUCUGCCUCUGGAUGGAAGUCUUCUCCUUCCGCCUAAAACCCAGCCCCCAGCAACCUCCACAUCCUCUGCCCAGGCUGUGUCUUCUGGACAGCCUCAGUCUUGGGCUCCAGCUGAUGGUGAGCAUUCUUCCUCUGGGGUCAUCAGUUCUGGAAAUGCAGCAACCCCAACUGGAACGACCUCAGGCCAGACAGGGGAAACCAGCCAAGGAGGAACCAGCAAUUCUAAAGGGCCAUCAACUGCCACACCACCAGCUAGCACACCAGCAGAAAACCCUGAAAUUGCCUCUGAGCAAUGCAGAAUCGGCAUCCCGACUGUUGCUGACUCUGUUGAUAGCCACACCAAUCCACCAGCUAUUGUGAUUUAUAUCGUCGAUGCAUUUCUCAGCUCAAGUGGAGCAGGAAAUGAAGGGGGGGAGGAAGAGGACAGUGAGGAAGUGGAGACAGGAAGAAUUUGGAUGCUGGGGCUUUUACGCUGCUACACCGAGAUGCUCCAGGCUUUACCUGAGGCAAUGAGACCUGCCUUGGUUCUACAGGUGGUGCCAUGUCAGUACCUUCUCCAACCAGCCAGUGGUGAGAGCCACUUAUACCUGCAGCACCUCCGAUCCCUGGCCUUCUCCUGUUACUCCCAGUGCAGACGACUGCUCCCCCAGCAAACACAUAUCAAGUCCCUCACUGGCUUUGGACCAGUAUCCACUGUCAAUGCUGUGCUGAAGAGUCCAGAGCAUCCCAGUCCACUGCAGCUCUACUGUCCUCCAUUCAUCCUCGGCCCAACCCGUCCCAAACAGCCAGAACCAGGGGAGAUGUGGACAGAGCUUCCUCCCAAAUACAAUGUACUCUUUGUCGGCUACUGCCUGUCGCAUGACCAGCGCUGGAUCUUGGUUUCCUGCACCGACCAGCAGGGGGAGCUCCUAGAGACCUGCAUUAUCAACAUUGAUGUACCCAACAGAGCACGACGCCCAAAGGUGUCAGCCAGGAAGAUGGGACUACAGAAACUGUGGGAGUGGUGUAUUGGCAUCAUCCAAAUGACCUCACUGCCAUGGAGGAUUGUAAUUGGUCGAUUAGGGAGACUGGGUCAUGGGGAGCUAAAAGACUGGAGCUCUCUCCUCGGGGAGCAUUCCCUUCACUCAUUAGGGAGACAGCUGAGGGAGGCUUGCCGUGUGUGUGGGAUCUCGGCUGCGGACUCUCCCACAAUCCUCAGCGCCUGCCUGGUUGCCAUGGAGCCUCAGGGCUCAUUUGUUAUCAUGCCUGAUGCUGUGACUAUGGGCUCAGUGUUUGGCCGCAGCACUGCGCUGAACCUUCAGACCUCCCAGCUGAACACACCUCAGGAUGCUUCCUGCACACACAUCCUAGUCUUCCCAACCUCUGCCACCACCCAGCUGGCACCCAGCUCUUACCCGACUGAGGACAAUAACGAUGACAUGUUUGAUCUGCCCUUUCCGGAUGAGCUGGAGAACGACAUCGGCCAUGACAUGAUGCUGAUCACCAACCUCCACCCCUCCCCUAACACCUCUCCUGUGCCCUCACCUGGGUCUCCGUCUGGGAUGGGAAUGGGAUCACAUUUCCAGCACACCAGGAACCAGGGUGAGCGCCUAUUGUCCAGAGACAGUCCACCAGAGGAGCUGAAGCAGCAGCCACUAGCUCUGGGCUACUACGUCUCCACUGCACAAGCAAAUGGACUUCCUCACUGGUUCUGGGCGUCCUGCCCACAGGCUGAGAGCCAGUGUCCACUUUUCCUUAAGGCCUCUCUACACCACCACAUCUCCAUAGCCCAGACAGAUGAGCUGGUGACAGACAAGACGAAGAGGAACCCCCACCCCUUAGACUCAAAGACCACCUCCGAUGUGCUCAGGUUUGUAUUGGAACAGUACAAUGCCCUGUCCUGGCUGACAUGUACCCCUGCCACCCAGGACCGGCAGUCCUGCCUCCCAGUCCACUUGGCUGUGCUGAUCCAGAUGUACAACGCCAUCCUGAACAUGCUUUAGCCUUGAGGAGUGGAGUGUUUUAUUUACUCUGUGCCUACGAUUCCUUCUUUGGGCACCAGAGAGCACCAGAGCUCCUGUAAUUUUUUUGCUUGGUUCUUUUUGUGGUUUUGGGAGGAAGUCACAGAUUUCAUGGAUAAAUAAAGGACAAGGCAAGUUUGACUCUUCCGUGCCUGGAAUGUAAUGAAAUGGUAUGAACAGUAACCCCGACAUUCAAACCCAGUACCCUCUUCAGAACUGGUUCUCCAGCAUUGUGCUAGUUUUGGUUCUUUCCAGAGGAGAUUAAAAAAAGAUGGAUUUAAUUGACUAUGCUCAUCUAUUGACAUAUCACAAACUUUCCCACAUCAGAAGAGCAAAUGCAUCUCCCGUUGGCUUUGUGUAGCGACACUGAGGAGUCCGUGGACAGUCACUGGGGAACCCUGUCUGAUCCUCUUUACCUGUAAAAAAUAAAUGAAAGGACUCGAUCUGUGCAGGUCCGGCAUCACUCCCAUGUUGUAAAACCAGCAAAGACAACAUCAACACAAACACAUGGCUGUUACAUCAAUGGUGUUUUUACAUGUUUUGUAUAGAGCUGCAAUGUUGAGCUUCUUGGGUCUUGCAGUCAGUUAAUGAAAUUUCUACCUUAAUGUACUAAUUUAGUCCAAGGUGGAGGGAGCAUUUGAUAACAGCACUUUUUCCUCGACUUCCAAAGUGUUGUAGAUACAGACACAAGGGGAAAUAUUUGACCAGUUAUGACAGAGUUGUUGUUUAUAAUGUAAAUCAUAAAAUUUGCAUAGAAUUGAGACUUAUUUUUAAUAUUUAAAACAAGCAAAUGAAAAACUUAAAUAAGGCCUUUUUCCCAACAGACUUGUGAAAUGUCUUGGGAUCUGAAAUAAAAUUUUUCAUUUCAAUGCAAUUGUAAAGAUGCCAUAUUUAUACAAAUUAUAUCAUGUCAUAGAAUUUGAUAUAUAUCUGUAUAUACCUAAAUAUACUGUAUAUUACCUCUUCCAUGCAGGCACUUAAGGGUGAUGGGCAUUGACAUCUCUUAUGAAGUGGAUGCAUUAAGAACAUUUAUCAAACGAAAUGCAUUCUCAUUGUACUUUUUUAUUUUCUACAGAUACUGAACAUUUCACUUUUUUAUUUAAUAAGUUUAAAUUAAACUAAUUGAUACAGGAGAUGCAGUAUACUGUAUAUUUAUAAAGUGUUCCUCUUCUGCUAAAACCUUGAAAUAGGCAAUAGAAGACCACGGUAUUUGAGCAUCAAAAGGUUAUUAAGUAUUUAAUAAUAAUGUUUUAUUUCACUGGCUCUCCUAAAUGAUGUCAAGCAGAACCAUCUGAAAGGCCUGUCUCCUCAGCUUCACUCAGUCUGCUAUUUGUCGAUUCCUAUAAGCAUGUUUGUAUAUACACUUUUCAGCCGUGUUUUUCUGGAAUUUCUUAAAAAGCUGUACAUUUCAUGUUGGUUGGUUUACUUUCAAGUAAUUCAUAUCAAAGUAUUUUUUGCUGUGAGCUUUAUAUAUACAUAUAUAUAUAUAUAUAUAUAUAUAUAUAUAUAUAUAUAUAUACAUAUGGUAUACAGUUCAAAAAUCAUUUAAAUACAAACCAAGAACUAAUUUGCCAAGUUAAGUGUACACACAAGGGCAACUUUGCAAAAAUUUGUUACAUCUGUCAUCACUUUGAAUAUCAAACAGAUCCGCUUUAGUGGGAGAGAUCUGUUACUUUUACACACUUUUUUUUAGUAAAUUAUUAAAACUUUUGGAA